CUAACUACUAACAUUUUAGAAAAAGAAUGAUUUCUUUUGACAAGAAAAUAUUUUUAUUUUGUCAUGAUGAAGGGCAAUACAAUACCUCCUAAUUUCAUCAUUCUCUAACCAUUAUCAUCAUUGAUGUUAGGAUUCAUCUGCACCGUAAGUACCCUGAUGGAUGGAAAGAACUCUAGUUUAUCUUCUACACAUUCUGCUCUUGUUCCUCCGAACAUUGAUCAGCUCAGGGAGGAGUUUUCUUGUGCGAUUUGUUUAGAUUUAUUCUUUGAGCCAACUACCACUUCUUGUGGUCAUAGCUUUUGUAGAAAAUGUUUGCGAGCUUUCAUGGAAAGGUUUCACAAAAGGUGCCCGAUAUGUAGGCAAUGGAUGAGAAGAGGAGGAUCUUGCACUGUGAGCACCGUUAUGUGGAACACAAUACAACUCUUGUUUCCUCAUGACGUCGAAGCAAGGAAAGUAACCAAUGUCUUAAAUAGUCAACAAGAGCCUCACGAUCCGACCAUAGAAAGAGAUAACACAAGCGCACAACCAAAUGGUAAUAUGGAACCAUUAGGAGAAAGUAGACAGGUCAUUACAACAACAGACUUUAAUGAUUUAAGAACAGUGAUUACUGAGUUAAGAAGAGAUCAUGAUGAGCUAAGACGUGAUGUCGACCAACAAAGGGAGAUACUUCAACAGAUGCUUGUAAGAAUACCACCCCCUCCGCCUCCCUCCCCCUCUUAAAUUUGUGUUUAUAUACUUUUUUUUUGUGAUAAUGAUAUAUAAUGAUAUAUAUUUUCUGUCUCCUUUUAGACUACUUAGAAAAAAAGGUAGUUUUGAAACAAAUGAUUUGGGGAUGUAUAUGAUGAUAUGUAUCUGAUACUACUAGAUAUAUUUCUUUUGAUGUAGGAAUCAUCUUUUGCUCUAAUAUAUGUAUAAUACUCAUUACCCUGGUAUGUACUCCUUUCAUAACAAAAUAUAAGCCAAAAAAGUACUUGUAUCUGGGAUCACAUUUUGUCCAGAUACGUGUACUUUUCUGUUUAUAUUAUAUUAUAGAGGGAUUAUAUUUUUGUGUUGGUUCAUAAAUUUUUCACUUUUCAUUUUU